GCCACAAGCCACCAGGAGCAAAGAGCGCCCCCCCAUAACGGCACGUCGCUUCACCCUAGCCUUGAAGUUUAAACCAGAAAAUCUUCGACCUUGAACCUGCCGACAAGUCCUUCGCUUCGACGACACUUCAGUAGAUAAACGCAUCGCCCGACAAACGACUGUCGCCGAUACCCGUCCUCGAUCACGUCGCGCGGCACGUCGCGCGCGCACAACAUCGCCACCGUCGCGUCGUCGUCGAGAGCACGAGAGCAGGCUUGAUCUUGCCUUGGGGUCGGUUUCGCUCGAUUAUCUCCAAGUCUCGAUCAUUCCGAUCGUGACACCUGUCCCUAUCUCUCUCAUAUCCGACCUACCUACUGCACCGGGGAACCUUUAUCCCCAUCAGCGUGGUCUUUCAGCCUACCCUACACUCCCUCGUUUACCGCUCUCGCCCGUCGACAUGUCGGUCGAAAUCACCCUUGGCACGCCACUGGCGGAUGCCUUGAACACAACCAUCCAAGCAAAAAUCACAGACCUUGGCUGGACAAGUGGUAGUGCCGAGGCUGGCGCCAUGUCGGAGUACUUUGUUCUCAUGCUCGCGAACGGAAAGACACAAAACGAUAUCGCUGCCGAAAUUGCGGGCGACUUGCUUAGUCUCGGUCCAGAUGAUGAAACGGCGCCCGCUUUCUCGAAGUGGCUCUUCGAACAGAUUGAUGCGCUCAACUUGGCAAACCCCGCUGACGCUGCGCCAGCUAAUGGCCACAAUGGAGGAGAACCAGCACAGGACGACGACAUGGAUGGCGGCUUUGACGCGGGCAUGGAUUCUAUGACGGACGCGCCCACCAACGAGCUGAAUGCUCCUACCGGGCCCAAGGCUAUGCGAAAUGGCAAUUCACGCGGCCCUGGCCGAGAAAACCGACUGGUGGGCCAAAUCAAUCGAGCCAUGGACCGAACCCACGAGUCCAUCCUCCAUCGAGUUCGCGGCCAGUCUGGCAACGAGAGGAUCGGUAGAAGCGCCCCAACUGGGCCAAGAGUAGGUGUCGGCAGGCAGCCACGGACCGCCAACGCCAACGCGCGUGCUACGAGCAUCGCUGCUGGCCUGGCCAAUAUGGGCGGCAUGCCAACUGGCCCGACAGCAAUGGGCCCGAUAGUCCCGAUGAACGGCAUGAACCCCAUGAAUGCUAUGAACCCCGGUUUUAUGCCCCCAGAUAUCUUCAGCAUGAUGGAGCAACAAAGCCGCAUGCUCCAGCAAAUGCAACAUCAACUCAUGCACCAACAACAACAACAACAACAACAACAGCAACAACAACAACAGCAGCAGCAGCAGCAACACAAUGUAGGGAUGAAAAACAACAACGGCAAUGGCCACGGACGGUCUCUGUUCGAGAGAUCAAGCCGGCCAAACAACUUUCGGAGAGGGGGGGCCCACCAGCAGCACAAUGGCCACACAGCGCCACAGCAUCAGCUCUCAGAAGCCAUCGUGACGGAGGUGACUGAGGAGGGCGAAGAUGUUGAGAUGGGUCAGGCCAAGCGCGAACCUCCCAACCUGGAUGAGACCAUCUGCAAGUAUAACCUACGUUGCCAGAACAAAGAGUGCAAGUUUGCGCACCAGUCGCCAGCGGCGCCACCCGGCAUCACGAUCGACGUCACUGAUGUUUGCACCUUCGGAGUUGCCUGCAAGAGCCGGAAGUGUGUGGGUCGCCACCCGUCGCCGGCUACCAAGAUGGCGCAUCAGAGCGAGAUGGAUUGCAAGUUUUUCCCCAACUGCGCCAACCCUCACUGCCAGUUCCGGCACCCCACAAUGCCGCCCUGCAGGAAUGGCGGCGAGUGCAAGGUGCCCAACUGCAAGUACACGCAUGUCAAGACGGCCUGCAAAUUUCGCCCCUGCACCAACCGAUUCUGCCCAUUCACGCACGAAGAGGGACAGCGGGGCACGUUCCACGACAAGGUUUGGGUGGCCGACGAGGGCAAGGAACACGUCAGCGAACGGAAGUUCGUAGAUGAGAACGUCACGGAGGAUCUUGUCCUACCCGGGUCAGAGGGAAUGAAUCCGGAAGCCGGAGCGCCGGAGGUGAUCGUUUAGGGACAUGUCGGCGCGGCGAACAACCGGAUCCCGGAAGUCUUUUGAUGGGGUGCAGAGGUCAGGGCAGCGGUGGGUCUUUGCCGUCGUCGUCUUGAUCGACCGGCCUUCACAAUGGGCGGGAUGUAGUCACUCCAACUAAGGUUUUGAAAAGAUGUGUAGCUAUUUCUGAGCUAUCGGGUAGCUGGUUUCUGGGGAGGGGCAUUUGUACUAUAUCACUGAAGGGCGAGAACCGAAACUGCUCGAUGACUAUCAAGGCGUUAAGGGGGGUGGUUUUACUAGCAUACAGAUGGAAGGGAAUGCAAGGCGCCGUUGAGGUUUAAUCGUGGCGCGCAUGCCCGCAGGGACGUAGCGAAGUUGGUGGUAUCCGUACCUUCAUUGGAUGAUCGGAGCUGCAUAGCGAUGGAGGAGAGAGUGUAAUUGCAGCGACUACCUCUAGAAUACUACCGGGUUAUUCACAAAAAAAGUCACUCUAC